AGGAAACUGGCCGCCGCCGCACCAAAGGCCACAUGCCGUAUACGUAAUCCGCUUUAAUUGAACCACUAUCGCACGCACCUAUUUUCCAAAUUUUCCAAACAAUUGUGGCAGGCAGCGGUCAUAAAUUACAACAACAGACUGAAGUUCGUUGCCGUGUGUUGCCAUUGUUGCUGCUGUUGCACAUUUCACAUUUCGCUUGCCACAACUCCAGCUACAGGUUGGCCAGCGUUGGUGGGAUUGGCCCAAACCGGGUAUAAAUCGAAUCUGGUCCCGAACGGAGAGCCACAUUCAGUUCGCCACUGCCAAGAGGAGCACUUCGCGUAACGGUCUACAGUUUCGAAUAUUUUUUUGAUUGUGCCCCAGUGUGUGAUUCAAAAGCAACCAGAAAACCAUGCUCAAGUUGGCUAUUCCCUGCCUGGCCCUUCUGGCCUUGAGUGGAGCUCUGAAGAUCCACGACUACCACCAAGGGCACGAGGAGUACGAGCACCACGACCAUCAUGAGCAUCACGAGCCGGAGCACCAUGUGAAGUACGAGCCGGAGCACGAGGAGACGGAGCUGCACCACGAAGUGGACCACAAGCACGCCACCUCGCACCAGAGCGUCAAGUUCCACCACUACCAUGCCGUGCCCGUCUACAUCAAGAAGGAGGACCAGCACCUGGUGAAGAAACCCAUCGAGAUCGGCGGCACCAAGCAGAAGCUGAAGAUCCUGCACCCAAAGAGUGAGCACAACCACAACCACGGACUGGUGCUCGAAAACCACAGCGAGUCGCACCACGAGCACGGCCACUACGAGGAGCCGGUACACCACUCGGAGCACUACGAGCACUACUCCCACCACGAGUAGGACUUGGACUACCGAAUCGAAAAGGCCAAAACGAGCUGUGGGGAUUUCGUUAGCGUUUAAGGAUUUGCUACGUUAAUUUUUUUGUGUUAAUAAAGCGUUGACCUAGAGUUUAGAGUACCACCCAAA